AUGUCGGAACGACGAAUCCCCAUUUACACCCGCACCGGCGACAAAGGGACAUCCGCUCUCUUCACAGGCGAACGGCGUUCGAAAGACGACGAUAUUUUCGAGGCGCUAGGCACCACCGACGAACUAUCCAGCUACCUCGGCCUUGCAAUAGAUCACUGUCAGGAUGCGAACAAUGGCCUUGCCGAGAAGUUGCAGCAGGUGCAAUGUUUGUUGCAGGAUAUCGGCUCCAAUGUUGCAACCCCGAGAAGCAAUGCGAGCGAGGUCCGGUUAGCUCGUACAGAGUUCGACACGGAUGGGGCUCUUGCAGUCGAGCUAGAGACGUGGAUAGACGAUCUGGACAAGUCGCUCCCACCGCUGCGUAACUUCAUCUUGCCGUCUGGCGGAAAAGCCGCGUCAACCCUCCACAUAUGUAGGAGCAUAUGCCGACGCGCAGAAAGGCGGGUCGUGCCUCUCGUCAAAGCCGGCUGGGCGGACGAAAGCACGGCAAAAUAUCUGAAUCGAUUGAGUGAUUUCUUAUUCACUGCGGCGCGGUAUGCUGCGAAACACGAUGGCAAGGAGGAGACUAUAUAUAAGAAGUUUGCUAAGAAAGCCAAGAGUACUAUAGAAGCCUAG